GAAAUGGCUAGUCUUUACUCCUUUUAACUUCCACUGCAAUCACUGCUGCACCUCUGCAAGACUUAGCGGGAAAGAAGAGAGAGAGAAGGGGAAGAGAAGUUAGGGCACAGCUUUUGAGCUCCGAAAGGGUGUUGUUUUGCUGUUUAACUGGGGAGUAUUGCAACGAAUUUGUGUACGAUCGAAUAAAGAUUAGAAUGUCAGGUAGGAAAGAAACAGUUCUAGAUUUGGCAAAGUUCGUUGACAAGGGUGUGCAAGUAAAGCUUACUGGUGGCAGACAAGUUGUGGGAACACUAAAAGGCUAUGACCAAUUGCUGAAUCUUGUCUUGGAUGAAGCCAUUGAGUAUCUUAGAGAUUCCGAUGAUCCUCUGAAGACAACAGAUCAGACACGGCGUCUUGGAUUAAUUGUCUGUAGGGGGACUGCAGUUAUGCUUGUGGCGCCAACUGACGGCACAGAUGAGAUUGCCAAUCCUUUUCUCCAGCCAGAUGGAGCAUAGGGCCGCCAGGAAUGUCGCAUCUGUUUGUAAAACAGUUUGUGCUUCGUGUUUUUGCAGUGUCCUUAAGAACUAUGUAUAUUCCGCCCGGUGUGGUAGUCUUUUGCAUUAGAUAACUGCUUUCAUCAAGGAAUAUAGGAUGCUCCUUGUAUUGAAGAACAGACACUAUAGUUGUAUUGAUGCAUGAAAAUGUUGCUAAAAGAUCGACUCUUCUCCCAUCUUACACUUAUAAAUGUUAGUUCUUAUUGUUUCA